CGAAAAGUGUUACGAAAGGUCAACUGAAAACAGUACUAGGACUAAUAGAAAAGGUCACAGUAGUCAGAAAGUGCUGAUAACGUGAGAAAGGUCACCACGUUACAGUGAUAGAAAAGGCAGCAGGAGCUAGGAAAGUCUCAGCUCAGAAACGGAAUAGGCGUAAAAAUGAUAGAAAAGCCUUGAUAUGGAUAGGAAAUGGAAGGAUUAACGUGGAAAAGUUAAUAUGACGGAUUGUUUUAUAAUUACAGACUGAAGCGGAAAAAUGGCACAGAAAGGUCAAGCCACUCCUAAACGUACGGGAACGGCGGCAGACAUCGAUCGGUUUACGGGCUACAAUCCAAAGUGUCCGGACUGUCUACGCAAUAACAAAAAGGUUGACAAGAGAUUUCCGUGCUACGCAUGCAUUCACAAGCUGGAUGACCCACAUAUCGUCUCACUUGUUGGAGUCUCGGAAGCCAAACGCGGGAACCUGGAUGUCUUCCGCAAUCUGAUAAGCGCAAGGAAUUACGGCAGCAUCCCAGUGGAAGAGCGAAUGCUACUCGAGGAUCGCUACCAGGAAGCGAUCCGGAACAACGAACCUGGUUGGGAUGACACCUUGGAGCCGUUGAAGUGUCCACAUACGGACGCGUAUCGGAAGAAAUUCGCAGAGGACCAGGAAAAGAUGCGAGCUCAGCAAAUGGAAGACGAACUCCGCGCGAAAAUUAAUGCGCAAAAUAAGAAGGCAAGCGAACAGGCCGCACGGGAGGCGUUGCCCAGUACGUCGGGUCUAGCUGCACCCCCGGGCAUGGCCAGCCUUAACGAAGACGAAAUGCAACUCGUACGACAGUCGCUUAUCAUUCAGAUUGAAACCUUAACGAAAGAUCCGGCUGCUAUGUCAGACGAGAUAUUCAAAAUGCUGUUGCGGGAGAAGAAACGAUUGCAAGACGGGUUCGCGCCGGCGCCAUACAUAAAGAAGGAAGUCGAAAGACGUAUGGAUAAUCUACGUAAAUCUCGCCGAACUGAAAGCGAUGUGCUGCAAGCACUCAGAAGCUUCAAACGGGAUGAAGGCUUCAUACGGCCACGAUCCCCUCCGCAUAGAGAAAGGUCACGCGGACAUUCACGUGAACAUGAACGGAUUUCUGAAAGACGGAGCGAAAGGUCACGUGAACACUCUCGUGAAAGGACACGUGACUACCACAGUGAAAGGUCACGCGAACGGUCCCGCGACAGGGAUUACCGUGGCGGAAGAGGAUGGGUACGCCACGGCGAUGAAGUAACAGAGAUGAGCAUUCAGAGGAAGAUCGACACAACGAAGUUAUUGGCAGCGACCAGAGAACGUGAAGACAAACGGCGCGCGGAGACAUUCCGUACAGAACCUGAAAAGGAAGGACAUCAGGUGCCGACGGAAGUUGCUUUCCGUAAUCGUAACGUUAGGAUGUCAACACCCGAAAGGUCAUGGGAUAGAAGACGCGAACAUACGCGAAAUCGAACGCCCGACCCACGCGAUAAAAGAUGGCAACAGAGGGCUGCAUUCUACGCGACCUUUGACUCGGGCGCAAAUAAAAGGUCAUCAAGCACUGAACGGGAAGAUUCACCCCCAAAGUAUCAGCGGGUGGAGUCAGUGGUUCAUGUAGUGGAUCCAAUUGUGAGCGUCGUACAAGAAGACGAUGCGAUGGAAGGGACUAGCUCGAUUGCGGAAACGUCUCAAGAGAACGUGACCCAUCGACGAAAUGUAAUUCUGGAUAGUGACCUUCAACCGGAACAACCGGCGAGUAACGAACCGUCGCAGCCUGAGUCAGGAGAGCGACGGGAACCAGAAGGUCAACGAGAACCGGAUAAUCAUCGCCGGGCUGAUCAGCGACAGAACUCCAGAUUUGAUAACCGACAACCGGAUACCAUCGACAUGGAAUAUAAUACGACUGAUAUUGAUGAACAAACGGUCGAAAUUUGUCGAUACUUUGGACUUGAGCCGGAUUCGGUUGAAGCCAACAAAAUUGGCACAAUUCUGAGACAGUUGAGCCAAUUCCUACUCGACUCGGGUUAUGCGAGAGAGAUUAAACAAGGAGUGGAACAAGGACUUUUCCGUCAGUUAUUCAUCCACCGCGACUCAGUACGGGACUGUUAUCUCCCUAUUCGACGGAAUGGACUACAUAGUUUGGUGGAUUUGAGUUUAUUGGAUGUACCGCUGGACACAACUGAUCCAAUCGGGAUGACACAGUUCUAUUAUAGAGACUAUCCCGAACGCCAAGAAUACGUGGCUCAGUUUGUUCUACGACAUGUGAACCCAGCUUUCAAGUUGCUUGCAGCAAGGGCGUCGAUAGGACUACAGGUGGAUCCUAAGGACUAUGCCGCAAAAAGGAUGGGGCAAAAGGUCUUUGCUGCGAGACUGGCACAUUACAAGACACAAAACCAAUUGGUGUCUAAUACCAUGAAGGACGACAUUCCACCGUUCUUCCGAGCUCAUGUCGCUAAAUUGGGACAACCGAUGGAACAUAUCAGCAUAGCGCAUACGGCUCGCAAGGCGCUGAAAAAGUGCAAGACACGAAUGGAAAAGGGCAACUUGACACAGCGCCACGCAUCCCAAGUAGAAGAAAGGAUUAAUAAGAUUAAAGAUUCCCUGGGAAGCGACUACGUCGAGCCGGUGGACGGAAUCGAAACUUACAUUGAUGAUUUCUUAGUGAAGAAAAGUGACCGUCGUCCAGACCGUGCGCCUAACCAGAUGGGACGACGCGGCAUCCGAAACCAACAGCUGCGGGAUAAUCUCGCCGACGUGCAGCGUCGAUUGGCGGAAGACCCUGAUAACCGCAGACUGCGACUCGAAGAGAAUGACGCACGCCAUCGACUUGAGGCGGUUAGGCGCAGCCGCCAAGGUAAAGGUCGUGGCCAGCGCGAAGUUGACCCGACAAAGGUCAUGGAAGUUGACUCGACGGAACCAGUUGACCGAACUUCCGACCGAAACCAACCGGAAAGCGCUAAGAAACGCCCGCCGAGAAAUGAUGAGGGCGAUUCAAAUGAAAUGGAAUAGUGUUGACCUUUAGGAUCACACUAUUAAAAGGACGUCUACGGCAUUUGUCGCGUUUAUAGCACAGAAUUGCCUAAAAGAAAUCAUGUGGAGUAUCUAUUGGGGUUGAAAUUGAUUCGGUCUAUAAAGCCGGCCCCAAGGGAGUAGUUACGGCAGUUAGCCGGCUCUCCUCUCUAAGCGACUCAGUGUUAUAAAUGCACAAGAGAAACAACGGUAAUCAAGCCGGAUCUCUUGAAUACGAAACGGGGCCACAAGCGGCGAAAAAGAGAAAGACAACAGGUGGAAUAUUGAUGAGGUUAACUUAAUGCGGCAAUCAGCCGGCCUCAUUAGAGUUGUUACGGUAAACUGCGCCGGCACUCUUCUUAAGCGAUUCAGUGUUAAAGGUGAAACGAGAAAAACUACGGUAAUCGAGCCGGAUUUCUCGUAAUAACGUAAGCCACAAGCGGCGAACAAGAGUAAAAGAUUAAAUGUGGAAAUUUCAUGGGGUAAAUUCAAUGCGGUAACUAGCCGGCCCCAUCAGAGAUGCUACGGUAAACUUGCCGGCACUCUGGCCGCUCGAGGCAUACUGAAGUUGGAUGUGCGACGGAAAGGUCAAACUGCAAGUUUUACCAGGGAGGCAAGCGAAGAAGUGCUUGAAAGCCGCAGGAAAUUGGCUAAGUCCCUCCAUGACCUUUAACGGAAAUUUUGACGAGUGGGGUGACCUUUGGGAUCAUCAAUUGCCCAACAGAGUCACCGUAUUGGAAGUUAAGUCGCAUGACCUUUGGGACCAUUAACCCAAAAUGAGUCGCACAUCUCAACGGAUCAUCUCAACAAAGGAUGACCUUUACUAGGGAGGAAGCGAACUACGCUUGUCUUCAUUGACGUCCCUCCAUGACCUUUAUGGAUCUCAUUUUGAAGUCGUACAAUUGAUACGCACCAUAUUCCAAAGAUGAAGCAGUAUUCUUAAGUCGUACUUGAUACGCACCUGAUUCUCAAGCGGAUUGUGAUGAAGUCGCAUUACGGAUGCGCAGGAUUGCUCAACGGAGCGGAAUGGGCCAAAGUGCGGAGAACGGUGGACAGGACCUGUGACCUUUACGAGUCAGAAAUGGAGGAUCCUAGUCUACAAUUUGAUUAAUACUUUUGUUGAUCUGUUACUGUUGAUCUGUUCUAAUGAUUUGAUAGUAUUUUUAUAAUUGGAUCUCUUUAUUCACAUCGUAUUAAAAUGAAAUUGUGCCUUUAUGUAAUUGAUGUGAUAAAAAUGGAUUAAGAGAAUUUGAUGUUUUUGAGCACACACAGACACCGGCGACCGUCGUCUUCUCGUGGAUUCGGGAGUGUGUCCAGCCUCACAGGAGCUCGGCAUCCCCCCAGAGGCAUGUGAGACCGGGAUCACUAGCGUUCACGUCAGUGGCGCUAGGCGCUACGCCUUUGGAUUAUGGCCUGUGUGUGUCUCUCUUCUGAUUGGCUUGUGUUUUGUUAGUGGGCGCGGCAUAGCACGUGCUGCACAGCGUUGCACGCUGUUGAAUGGGCUCCACGCUUUACGAUCGAGCUGCGCCGAUCAGUGUUGAUUUUCUGUUGUCGGAAUUUUCAAUAUUAUUAAAAGUCAGCGAUUACGGUGCGACGUUUUGUGUUUCCGCAUAGCUCGCGACCCAGAUCGUGUCGCUCACUCCACGGGAUAGAUUCCGUUUCUGUCUCCGUCUGUGGAUCCAUUCUGGAUCUACCAUUAGACUACGAUUGUUGUAGAAAGGAAGAAAAGCCCCUCCCUCCUACCACAUCAAUCUACAACAAAUUUUCCGAAAUACAACAUUUUUCCUGGAACUGUCGCGUCCAUACUUUCGAGAAUUACAACAAAAAAUGCUACAACAAAGCUGACUGUCGUGCAUACUUUUUCUACGAUUGUUGUAAGAUUUCUAUUGUAUUCCGAAUU